AUCAUUCUUAAUUCAAUGCAUAAAUACCAACCACGGCUGCACAUUGUGAAGGCGGAUGAGAACAAUGCUUUUGGGUCGAAGAACACAGCUUUCUGCACCCACGUUUUUCCGGAGACGUCCUUUAUAUCAGUGACUUCCUACCAGAAUCACAAGAUAACCCAGCUGAAAAUUGAGAACAACCCCUUUGCCAAGGGAUUCAGGGGGAGUGACGACAGCGACCUGCGCGUGGCACGACUGCAAAGCAAGGAAUAUCCAGUGAUUUCCAAAAGCAUCAUGAGGCAGAGGUUGGUGUCCAGUCAUGGCCAGCUUUCAACAAAGCCAGAUGUCAACCCACUUCAUGGGAAUCACCAGACCCUUCAACAUUAUCAGUAUGAGAACGGUGCUCACAUGCAAUUUGCAGCUUCAGAUACUCAAGACCUGCCACUCAACACCUUCACAGCACAGAGGGAUUCAGGGCUCUUCUAUCAUUGCCUAAAACGAAGAGAAAGCGCUCGGCACCUGGACCUGCCCUGCAAACGCUCCUACCUGGAAGCCUCCUCUUCUGUAGGAGACGAUCACUACUUCCGUUCCCCGCCUCCGUACGAUCAGCAGAUGCUAAGCCCUUCCUAUUGCAGCGAGGUGACUCCGAGGGAAGCGUGCAUGUACUCUGGUUCUGGGGCUGAAAUUGCUGGUGUCUCAACGGUUGACGACUUGCCGCCUCCACCUCCCCCCUUGAGCUGCAAUAUGUGGACUUCUGUCGCACCUUACACCAGCUACAGUGUUCAGACAAUGGAAACUGUCCCUUACCAGCCUUUCCCCGCUCAUUUCACUGCCACCACCAUGAUGCCGCGGCUCCCAGCCAUCACGGGUCAAGGCUCGCAGCCACCAGGUAACAGCCACUUCAGUGUCUACAACCAGCUGUCCCAGUCUCAGGUUCGGGAGCGCGUUCCUUCUUCAUCUUUCCCAAGGGAAAGGGUGCACCCGUCUGUGUGCGAGAGAAAACCCCCCUCUCCGCACCUAAACGCGGCGAACGAGUUCCUGUACUCACAAAGCUUUUCCUUGUCGAGGGAGUCGUCGCUGCAGUAUCAUUCAGGGAUGGGGACUGUGGAGAACUGGACUGACGGAUGA